AUGUCUCAUUCUUCAGUUGCCGCAGCACCCUUCUCACUUCAUCCCGCCCUAUCAUCAACCCAAAAGGGACACCAAACUCGGAACAAUGACUUGUUGCCGCAACGUACCCAUGGGGUUCGCGAAAAGAUGCUGUUGCAGCUCCACGGGCAAAAAAUUCGCAUUCCCGACCUAGGCCGGUUGAUGAAAGAUUGGCCGAGAGACCAGAAUCCACGCCUUGAUGCUGUAGAUAGCAAGAUUCUCCAGAUCAUCGAGAGUCACGCAGUAAACGAUGCUGUUCGCGGACGUCUAACAAAAGCCAUGCUAUCGAAGCAACUAACGGGCUGGUACCCAUAUGCAUCCUGCGAUAGAAUCGAAGCCCUCACCUCCUUCCAGGCCUGGAUGUUUAUUGUCGACGAUAUGCUGGACCAGUACUCGCUCAUGCACAAGUUCGACUUCGCGUCGCUGCAUGUUCUUCUGGCCGACUGUCGGGACUUCAUUCACCGUAGCCUCGGACUCCUCACUACCUCUGAGACCAGUCAACCGCAGUACCGAGACCACGACGCCGUCGUAUCAUUUGCAGAGUACGCUCAAGCCGUCAUGAAGGCAAACGGGGACAAUUACAGCUAUCGACAACGCAUCGCCAAAGAAGCUACUGCCACCCUCGAUGGCUACCGACAAGAAGCCGUGAACCGGUAUGCUGGCAGGGCCACGUCGCUCCAAGAGUACCUCGGAUACCGUGAGGCAUCAUCCUGUAUCAUGCAGGUGGCAGUCAACCUCGAGUUUGCCAACGGCAUCAACCUUCCCGAGGAGGUCAUGGCAUCCCCUGAGAUGCGUGAGCUGUACCGCGCUGCAGUCGCCAUCGUCUGGAUCGUCAACGACAUCGUAAGUCUACGAAAGGAGCUCAAGGAAGGAUUUGUCGAGAACCUUGUCGUCUUGCUAGCCAAUGGCGAUGCUCAAAAGGGGCUUGAUGGCGCCGUGGCUCGCCUGGAGCACGAGGUCUCUGCGCUCAACGACGCCGUUGAAGCUUGUGCUCGCCGCUUCGACGACACGCCUUACAAGAGUUACGUCGCUCUGCUGGCGAAAAAUUGCAAGAAUAUGUGCAUGGCAAACUGGCUAUGGAGUAUGAAGACGCCCCGGUACUGUCUUUCAGACAUCAAGCCUGAUGCCGAAGGCGGGUAUACUUUUACGGUUGACUCCACGCCGGAGGAGGACUGA